AUGGCUCCUCUUGACGACACAGUCAAGGCAAAGGUGCUACGGCAGGUCGAGUUUUACUUCUCAGACAGCAACUUGCCGAAGGACAAGUUUUUGAAGGAGCGCAUGGCGGAGGACCCGGAAGGCUAUGUCAAGCUGAACGUCAUCAUCGCUUUCCAGCGCAUGCGCGACAUGCUACAGGUGUCAUCUGCAGAUCCCGCGUCCGUGCCCGCGGAGGCAAUAGAAACCGUGGCGGAGAUCCUGGCAAACUCGUCUGCGCUUCAGCUAGACGAGACCAAGACGAAGAUCAAGCGAACCACGCCCCUGGCCAACGAGAGCGAGGUUGCACGCGCUGUGGACGCCCGCAGCAUCUACGCGCGGCCGUUUCCCAUAGACACGAACGUAGACUCCAUCACGGACUUCUUUACUAAACACGCACCGGUGAACUGCGUGCGCAUGAGGCGCCACGUUCGCUCCAAGGCCUUUAAGGGCUCGGUCUUUGUGGAGUUUGCCAGCGUAGAGGAUGCUGACAAGGUAUUGGGUAUGUCUUUGGAGUUCGAUGGAGCACCCCUUCGAAUGCAAAAGAAGCUCGAGUUCGUCGAGGGGAAGAGGGCUGCUCGGAAGAACCGCGCGGCUGGACGGCAUGACGGUGAUAUGUCGGAUGACAGCAACGUCGGUCAGGGUCUUCCGGACGGUGUGGGCGGUGUGGUGGACGCCGACGGGGUGGUGAUGUCCAAGGUGGGCUCCCCCGGGAAGCCAUUUAGCUCCAGCCCCAGGGAGAGGCACGGAGGCCAGCAAGCGCAUGGCCAGGGACGGGGGCAAGGCCGCUUCCAAAACCAGAAUAAUGCCAGCGGCAACAAGCGGGGGCCGAAGCGGAAGCAGGAUGAGGAGCUGGAGUACGACGAGGGAGACCUCGGUGAUGCCCCCGCUUCGAAGCGCACUAAGCCUCAACAAGGCGAGAAUGGUGGCGAGGCGGAUGAGGAAGCUGAGAACGGUCACGAAUGCGGUAUGGGCGAGGGCGAGGAGGAGGGUGGGGCCCCAUCGCCCGAGCCCGUCUACACCCCAGGAUGCGUCGUGAGCUUCACACUUGAAACGGAGCUUCCGGAGCUCACAGGCCCAUACGUCAUUUCCGACAUCUUUGGCGGACGCGAGAAGGUCAAGUACGUAGAGUUGUCGGAGGGACGCAAGGGAGCGUACCUCCGCUUUGCGUCGCCAGAGCUCGCGGCGGCAGCACUGGCGGACUUUGAGGCGCAUGACGAGGACUCUCGGACGGUUGCGGGCAUUAAGGGGACUAUGAAGAAGGUGGAGGGCGAGGAGGAGGCCAACUACCACAAGCGGGUCAUAACCUACAUUAACCUACAUUAA